AUGGCUGAUUCAACAGAUGCCGUUCCACCAACAUCCAAAGGCACAAAACGAGAAGCUGAAGAGGACAGUCCAACUAAAUUAAAAUCAUUGAAAGCGACACAACAUUCUGGAGUGAAAAAUGGUGAUUCUGACGAAAAACCAACAAGAAAUGGCAAUGUGAAUCAGAAUCAAAAUGAUGAAGAUGAUGAAGAAGAGGUUGUCGGUGCUGAACACGAAGAAAAUGGUUCGGAUGAAGAAGAAGAUGAUGAUGAAUAUGAAGGAGAAGAAGAUGAAGAGGAGGAUGAAGGUGAAGAAGAUUCCAGACAAGAACAAGCACAACAAGUUGUAAGAUCGAUAAGAGGACGAGCAACUGCAAAUGAUGAACAAGAAGCCGGAGCGUCUGGAGAAGAUGAACCAAGUGGUGAUGAAGAAGAUGAGGAAGAAGCAUAA